AUGGCGGACCCUAGAGAUAAGGCGCUUCAGGACUACCGCAAGAAGCUGCUGGAGCACAAGGAGAUUGACCGCCUCAAGGAGUUAAGGGAACAAUUAAAAGAACUUACCAAGCAGUAUGAAAAGUCUGAAAAUGAUCUGAAGGCCCUACAAAGUGUUGGGCAGAUUGUAGGUGAAGUACUUAAGCAACUAACUGAAGAAAAAUUCAUUGUGAAAGCUACAAAUGGACCAAGAUAUGUUGUGGGCUGCCGUCGACAGCUUGAUAAAAGUAAGCUGAAGCCAGGAACAAGAGUUGCUUUGGAUAUGACUACACUAACUAUCAUGAGAUAUUUGCCAAGGGAAGUGGAUCCAUUGGUCUACAACAUGUCUCAUGAGGACCCUGGGAAUGUUUCUUAUUCUGAAAUUGGAGGACUAUCAGGACAGAUUCGGGAAUUAAGAGAGGUGAUAGAAUUACCUCUUACAAACCCAGAAUUAUUCCAGCGUGUAGGAAUAAUACCUCCAAAAGGCUGUUUGUUAUAUGGACCACCAGGCACAGGAAAAACACUCUUGGCACGAGCUGUUGCUAGCCAGCUGGACUGCAACUUAUUAAAGGUUGUAUCUAGUUCUAUUGUAGACAAGUACAUUGGUGAAAGUGCUUGUUUGAUCAGAGAAAUGUUUAAUUAUGCCAGGGAUCAUCAACCAUGCAUUAUUUUUAUGGAUGAAAUAAAUGCUAUUGGUGGUCGUCGGUUUUCUGAGGGUACUUCAGCUGAUAGAGAGAUUCAGAGAACUUUGAUGGAGUUACUAAAUCAAAUGGAUGGAUUUGAUACUCUACAUAGAGUUAAAAUGAUCAUGGCUACAAACAGACCAGAUACACUGGAUCCUGCUUUGCUUCGUCCAGGAAGAUUAGAUAGAAAAAUACAUAUUGAUUUACCAAACGAACAAGCAAGAUUAGAUAUAUUGAAAAUCCAUGCAGGUCCCACUACAAAGCAUGGUGAAAUAGAUUAUGAAGCAAUUGUGAAGCUUUCAGAUGGCUUUAAUGGAGCAGACCUGAGAAAUGUUUGUACUGAAGCAGGUAUGUUUGCAAUUCGUGCUGAUCAUGAUUUUGUAGUACAGGAAGACUUCAUGAAAGCAGUCAGAAAAGUGGCUGAUUCUAAGAAGCUAGAGUCUAAAUUGGACUACAAACCUGUGUAAUUUACUGGAAGGUUUUUGAUGGCUGCAUGACAGAUACCAGCUUAAUGUAAAAAUAAAGUUAAGGAAAAUAAUGUAUGUAUUGGCAAUGAUCUCAUUAAAAACAUAUGAAUAAAAAUAAGUAUGAA